GGCAGGCUGGGCCGAGCCGAGCCGCCGGCACUGAGCGCAGAGGCGAGCGGGGAGCGCCGCGGCCCAGCCCGAUCCCGCGGGGCGCCGGCGGCCCGGCCCGGCCCGGCUCGGCUCAGCUCGGCUCGGCUCGGCCCGGUUCCCACAGCCAUGCUGUCGCGGGGGGCGGCGGCGAGCGGGCGGGCUCUCCGCGGUGCGGGGCGGGCGGGCGGGCAGCCGCCGGCCCGCGGGCUCCGCGCCUCUCCGCGGUCGCGGUCCGCCAUGCCCUCCUGGGUCAUAGACCGGUACGGCCGCAACGACGUGCUGCGUUUCACCAGGGAGAUGGUGUUCCCCAUCAUACAUUUCCCGAACGAGGUCAUCAUUAAGGUUCACGCUGCGAGCCUGAACCCCAUCGACCUCAGCAUGAGAAUUUCAUGUUUUGCAGGUGGUUAUGGUGCAACUGCAUUAAAUAUGAAGCGGGAUCCUCUGAAACUCAAAAGCAUGGACACUGAAUUUCCACUAACCCUUGGUCGAGAUGUCUCUGGUGUAAUUAUGGAAUGUGGGCUGGGUGUGUCUUAUUUCAAACCUGGAGAUGAGGUGUGGGCAGCAAUUCCUCCGUGGAAACAGGGCACUCUGUCAGAGUUUGUGGUAGCUAGUGGAAACGAGGUGUCUUUUAAGCCAAAGCGUCUCAGUCACACCGAAGCUGCCUCCUUACCGUAUGUAGGUCUCACAGCCUGGUCUGCAGUUAACCAAGUUGGAGGACUGAACCAAAGUAAUUGUAGUGGGAAAAGAGUAUUAAUAUUAGGAGCUUCAGGAGGCGUUGGUACAUUUGCUCUACAGCUAGUGAAGGCCUGGGGUGCUCAUGUGACAGCAGUUUGUUCUCAUGAUGCCAGCACACUGAUGAAAAAGCUCGGAGCGGAUGAUGUGAUUGAUUACAAAUCUGGAAAUCUGGAAGAGCAACUUAAAACAUUACCCUUAUUUGAUUUCAUUCUAGAUAAUGUCGGCGGAUCCACUGAGAAGUGGGCUCUAGAUCUCCUGAAGAAAUGGUCAGGAGCAACAUAUGUCACCUUAGUAACACCAUUUUUGAUCAAUAUGGACAAACUUGGAGUGGCUGAUGGCAUGUUACAAACAGGAGUUACUGUCGGUUCCAAAACUGUAAAGCAUCUCUUUAAAGGAGUCCAUUAUCGGUGGGCAUUUUUUAUGCCAAGUGGCCCAAGUUUGGAUGAAAUAGCAGAACUAGUUGAUUCUGGAAAGUGACACUUUUUCUUUGUUCUGUAGAUCCAACCAGUCAUUGAUCAAGUCUUCUCUUUUUCUGAAGUUCCAAAGGCCUUUCUGAAAUUGGAAGGAGGACAUGCACGUGGAAAAACGGUGAUCGAUGUAAUCAGUAAAAAAUAAAGUCUCUCUAAUCAUUA